ACGGGAUUUUACUUAGUUUAAUCCUAUAUUUUGGAGUCUAGGCAAUGAAAUUAUUCUAAAAAGCUAACGUCUCUCUCAUAAAAUAAAAAAUGGACAAGAUUGUUUUGUUCAUAUGUGUGAUAAGUUUUUGUUUAGUGCAAGCUUACAGGUUUGACUACAUGUACUCCCAAGAGGCGGGCGGUUGGCUAAAGCUACACCGAGUGCCGGCCACUUGGCAAAACGCUUAUCUCAACUGUUAUUAUGAAGGUGCUGUCUUAGCCUCUCCAGAAAAUGAAAAUAUGAAGCUGGCGUUAACAAAAUUAAACGUUUUAUCAAAUUGUGGCAUAUACACCGGCGUUCACGCUACGUUCGGGAAAGGGGCAUAUUUUUCAGUAAAAGGAACACCGUUAUCCCGCAUGCCCGUCACCUGGGCCCCAUACGAGCCUGACAAUUCUGACAACGCGGAAGACUGCCUCAUUAUGCUGUCGAACGGCACAAUGGCUGACGUCAACUGCUCGGAGACCUUUCCUUACUUCUGCUAUAUUGGUGAGGAGCAGGCAAAGCGCGAGCUCAACGCAUGCGGCACUAUGGAUGAAGAAUACUCUCUGGAUACAAGAACGGGCAGCUGCUACAAAGUGCACAGGUCCCCUCUAAACUGGACACGUGCUUUCGUCGCAUGCGCCCGUGAGGGCGGACAUCUUGCUGUCGUGAACGGUAUCAUGGAAGCACAGAUCAUCGCCACCUUAUGGAACAACGCCCGUCCCCACUUUGUCGCCGGAAAAUACAACAGAGACAUUGCCUUCUUGGGCUUCAGAACUAUGGAGAAUAACUUUCAGUGGAUGACUAUACACGGUCAAACACUAGCAGCAGCGGGUUACGACCGCUGGUCCGACGGCCAACCCGACAACCCGGGCAGCCAGAACUGCGGCGCCAUGUUCCGGAACGGACUGCUGGACGACAACAACUGCGACAACACCCUUCCCUUCAUCUGUGAGAAGGACCCGGCUAGUUUGCUUCAGAACCCGUUAACUCAAUAAUUCCACAUCACCAUGCUUAUAAAUAGAGAGCGGAUUUCAGGUAGUGAUUUAAAUAUUAAUAUAGAUAUGACUAGUGCAAUUUUAGAAAUAUACAUAUCACGUGAUUUUAUAAAAAGGUCUUACAAUCUAUUA